CUCGUUUUACAGCCGACAGUAUGAGCAAAGAGCUGGGCAUCGGCGCCGAGGACUCGGACGCCUCCAGCGGCGCCCAGCACCACCACAACCUGCACCAGCAAAGCUCCAAGCAGCGAGUGCCCCCGACUUACGUGUACAGUCCAAGCUCGGAUCCCGAGAGCAGUUCGCGGAGCAACGGCGAGGGCGGCCCGAACGAUGACGGGGAGCCGCGGCACCACAGGCUCGGCUACCGGGGUGCCGGGGUCCCGCCCACCGAGGACCAGCUCGGCCCGCUGCCCCACAACUGGGAAAAGGCCUACACGGACCACGGCGAGGUCUACUUCAUCGAUCACAACACGGGCACGUCGCACUGGCUGGACCCGAGGCUCUCCAAGUUCCAGAAGCGCUCGCUCGAGGAGUGCUGCGACGACGAGUUGCCCUACGGCUGGGAAAAGAUCGACGACAACCUUUACGGCACGUACUUCAUCGACCACGUGAACCGGCGCACUCAGUACGAGAACCCGGUGAUACAGGCCAAGCGCGCCCUCCAACAGCAGCAAAACAACCUGGCACACCACCAGCAGCAGAACGCGAUGGGCGAGGGGAAGAGUCCGAUGUUUACGCGUAAUCCCGAUGCUUUGAAGGGCCAGCGCAUCAGAACGAGUCUGGUGAAGAGCUCGAGAGGUCUGGGCUUUACGAUCGUGGGCGGUGACGACAACGUGCAGGAGUUCCUGCAGAUCAAGAGCGUCGUGCCCAAUGGGCCGGCCUGGCUCGAUGGCAAACUGCACACGGGCGACGUUCUGGUUUACGUGAACGACAUAUGCGUGCUUGGCUUCUCGCACAACGAGAUGGUCAACGUGUUCAAGUCCAUAGGUAGCGGGGAGACCGUGGCUUUGGAGGUGUGCCGGGGCUACCCGCUGCCCUUCGAUCCGAACGACCCCAACACCGAGGUCGUUACGACCAUCGCGGUCAACGCGCCGGACAUUCUCACCGAGGAGUCGAGCCUCUACAUGGACCUCGAGCGCUCGGCUAUGAGGGCUAGCGAGCGCUUCGACUUUCUCGACUCGACGUCCUUCAUGCCUGUGCACCCGGCUCAGCAGAACGGCGACAACCUCACGACCACGGCGUCCGUUAACUCGAUGCCGGACCUCUGCAUAUCCGAGAAGCUCAACUCCAUGGGCCCGAUCAAGAGGCCCAGCAGCACCGACAUCCUGUUGAUGGACAGCGUCGGUGAUCGCUCUCACCCCCUUGGUCACGACGACGCUUCUUCGCCCGUGCCCGCAAAGCCGCCAGAGUUCCUGAGCAUACCGAUCGUUAAGGGAAUCACCGGCUUUGGUUUCACGAUCGCGGACUCGGCGCACGGCCAGAAGGUUAAAAAGAUCCUGGACCGGGAUCGGUGCAAGAACCUAAUGGAGGGCGACAUACUGAUCAACAUCAACGACGUCAACGUGAGGAACAUGUGCCACGCCGAGGUCGUGCAGGUGCUGAAGGACUGCUGUCGGGACCAGGAGGCCCUGAUACACGUACAGAGAUCGGCCAGCAAAUCGCCCAAGUCCCCGUUGCAGGACAAGGACUGCCUGAAGGACUUUAAGGACAAAGCGGUCUUUGAUUUUUAUCGUAGCAAGACGCCCACGGCCGAUAUUUACAGUACGCAGCAGAAGGCGAUAGUGCCGCAGAGGCCGAAGACACCGCUGAUCGACACCCGAAACUCAAAGACCAUGUCGCCACUGCCACCUUCGGCGUCUUUGCAGCAGCAGCAACAUCACGAACAGCUUCGACAGACGUCGGUGGAUUGCGUGGAUAACGAGGUGCAGAACGCGCUCGACAACAGGUACAAGUACAACCAGGACUACGGGCACCCGAUCUACGGCUACACCACGGAGAUGCCAUACAAACCGAACGUCUCGCAUCUGGUGGACAGUUUCAACGCCAUGAACCUAUCCGGCAUGGAAAUGGAGGACUCGCUGGCGCGCAAGUGGCUGGCGAACAACGACAAGUUAAACUACAGCAACGACGUCUACUCGAUUGAUGUUGCCCAACAGCAGCAGCUCAAUCACCAUCACCACCAGCCUCCGCCACCGCCACCACCACCGCCGCUGCCCUCCCAGCACGCAAAGCAAAACGGUAUUCACGGACCACCUAUGGCCGCUAAUGAUUAUUACAAGGACAUUUACGCGCUGCAGUCGCCCACGCAGUCGCAAUUUGACGGCGAACACGCGGAUUACGGCUCGUACGUGGCGAUGAUCGGCCAAGAGCAGAAUGUCGACACCGGGGAGAUUUGGGACAAGCGCAAGGAGUCGACGAGCUUCGAACACGAGCAGCCGCACUCGAGCUCCAUUAUGCCGAGGUAUGUGCCUUACGGUUCGGACGUUGGAAAUGACCUAAUGUGCCCGUCGAUCCCCGACAUCGAGUGGAUCGAAACUCUGGUGACGCUCGUGAGGCAGGACAGUGGUUUUGGCUUCCGAAUAGUUGGUGGUACCGAGGAGGGUUCCCAGUGCAACAACGGUAUGGCCUCUACGCUUGGCCAACAGGUGUCAGUGGGCCAUAUAGUACCGGGUGGCGCGGCCGACCUGGACGGACGUCUCAAUACAGGCGACUUCAUUAUGUCCGUCGAUGGCGAGAGCGUCAUGAACUCGUCCCACCACCGAGUCGUGCAAUUGAUGAUCUCGGCCGCGCAAAAUGGACGAGUUACUCUGGGUAUCAGGAGGCGUAUUUCCCUUCACGACCACCACCAUCAUUACCUUCAACAACAGCAGCAAAGACAACAACAGCAGCAGCAGCAGCAGCAGCAGAUGCAGGAUCAAAUGCAGUCGUCGUCGUCCUUGUCCUACAACUGCCGGCUCAUGGGACACGUGCAGUAUCCUUACGAAGUUACGGUAACUCGAAUGGAAAACGAAGGCUUUGGCUUUGUGAUAAUAUCGUCGGUGAAUAAGGCAGGCUCGACGAUCGGACGGAUAAUCGAAGGCUCACCUGCCGAACGCUGCGCCAGACUCAACGUUGGGGACCACAUCCUAGCCGUGAAUCACGUUGACAUCACCAAUGCUUGCCACAAGGAUAUCGUGAAUCUCAUUAAGGACUCUGGUUACUCGGUCACGCUGACUAUUGGCUAUCCACUCGACGACUGCUGUAGCAAUGCGUCUUUAUCGCAAAAGGAUGAAAUGAUUGGAGACGGAGACGGUGGGCAGUACCAUGCGGUGGAAUUGACAAGAGGCACACGGGGCUUUGGUUUCAGCAUCCGAGGUGGUCGAGAAUUCCAAAACAUGCCUCUUUUCGUCUUGCAGAUAGCCGAGAACGGCCCUGCCUCUAUCGACAAUAGAUUGAGAGUGGGUGACCAGAUAAUCGAGAUAAAUAGCAUCAAUACCAAAAACAUGACUCACACAGAGGCUAUCGAGAUUAUAAGAAACGGUGGGCCGACGGUCCGGCUGUUGGUUCGCCGGGGCUGCCAGAUGCCAUCAGUGAGUAACGCCGAACUCGAGCAAGCGAAUCUUAAUAUGACGGCUGAGGGCACGAGGCCUGGAAUAAUAAUACAGACGCUCGAGCGACCGUUGAAAAAAAAUCGGCUCUCCCUGUCGCUCGACUGUUGCUGCUCAUCUCAGAGCAGGCAGAUGUGAUUCUUAUAACUCUUUUUAUUGCAUUUACCUAACGAAUCUUCACUCUCUUAUCUAUUUUUGUUUUUCGUUAAUUUUUUUAAUUUUUUUUUUUUUUAAGUAAGAAUUACGGGGAAACUAACACAUAUGUGCUCUUCUUUCAUGUGAAUAAGGGAUUGAAAAGAGUAUGACGUUGGACGUGUACAUCUAAUCGUUUACAAAGGGUAAUUGACAUUUUCAACUAGUGAUUGUAGGAAAAGACUUUUUUUAAUUUUAAUUAGCGAAUUCGUGUGCGAACGUUACAUAGAUGGAAUUGAUCAAAGAGGAAUUUAUACAUCGAUAAGUUUAAGUAGUAAAUGAGCUGCAUUCUUUUGUAAUGUAAUAUAAAACAAUGUGCUAUACUUUUAUUUUUGAAGUUUUUUGUAAAAGCAAAGGGGUGAUGUAUAGGGGACCAAAUAAUAUCUAUUUUUUCCUCUUUUCAAUACAAAAUUUUGACGUAUAUUUUUUUUCAAAAUGCUUUUAUUUUACCAUAAAUAAUUUGUAAUUUUUACACCACGCGAAUAUCCCUGCAAUAUCUGUGCACUAAAAAAAAACUUUUUUUACACCAAGAAUUUUAAAAUUCUCUCCAUUCGGCCGUCACCAAAGAAUGCAGUCAUUGUAAAUUUUUAAAAUUAAAGAUCCUUUUAAUCAUCGAUGCAAAUUGAAUAUCAACUACAUAGAGAUGCAAGAAUAUUUUUUACAUUAUGUUCUUCUAUCUCUAUGGUAAAUUAUACUGUUAACGACCAUGAAGAACAAUUAAGAGCUUAUAAUAAUAGUUUUUAAGAUUUUAAUAAAAGUAAGUUUUACCGCACAUACUGGAGUAAUAUUAUCAAAUAAAACUGUUAAUCUUCCUUGCUAUAUAAUGCAGAAUUUUUAUUUUUAUACGAAAAAAAAAGAUUUAACUAGUUGAUUGAAAAAAAAGCAUUUUAAGCUAACACCUUGACGUAUUGUAAUGUCUUAUGUAGCAAUUGUGUGCAUAAAAAGGCACAUUUUUAUAACUUGUAAGCAAGUAAAAUUAUAGGAAUUGUAUUACCUUUUAAUGUAUUUUCGACCAAUUUUUAAAGUGACUCUCCAAUCAGCUGGUGUUCGCCGAAAAUGUUUUCUAGACUUAAAUAAACCAGUGUAACAAAUCAUUGUAAAUACAUUAUAAAAUCUCUCUUUACACAAUAUAAAUAAAUAAAAAAAAAUAAUAAUAAUAAUAAAAAAAAAAAAAAUAACAGCGAUUGUAAAAUGCUUAUUCUUGUACUUUGAUGUUACAAGCGAGAAAGCAUAUUUAAUUUGA